GGCGUAGCGUUCAGUUGUUCAAUGUGUCCCAUCUGCUGUACGCUGCUCUUUAUAGCAGGGUUUUUGGCCCUGGUCUACGUAUUCCUCACCUGGAACUUCGAUUACUGGAGAAAGAGAGGCAUCGAAACAGCUGCAUCAUGGCCAUUUGUGGGGAGUUUUCCCAGCAUGUUUACCAAAAAGCGUAAUGUUGCCUACGACAUCGAAGACAUCUAUCAGCAGUACAAGCAAACCGACAAAAUUGUGGGCGUGUUCACCACUCGACGUCCCCAGCUGCUGGUGCUAUGCCCGGAAUAUAUAAACAAGAUUUAUGCCAGUGACUUCCGUAGCUUUCGCGACAAUGAAAGAGGAAAUUUCGUGGACAAGAAGGUGGACAAGAUUCUGGGCAACAAUCCUUUCGUCCUGAAAGGCGAUGAAUGGAAGGAGAGAAGGGCGGAAAUCACGCCGGGCUUGUCGCUCAAUCGUGUCAAGGCCGUGUAUCCAGUGUCGCAGAGUGUUUGUAAGAAGUUUGUGGACUACAUAAAAAGACAGCAGCGGAUGGCCACCUCCCAGGGAUUGGAUGCCAAGAAACUGUCCCUCUGCUACACCACCGAAGUGGUUUCCGACUGCGUCCUUGGCAUUUCCGCACUUAGCUUUACAAACACCCCCACUCCGCUGUUGGCAGUGAUCCAGCGGGUGUUCAACUCAUCCUUCAAGUUCGUUUUAUACGGCGUGCUGGCCAACCUCUGGCCGCCAAUUCGCAAGUUCUACAGCUUACCCUUAUUCAACAAGGAGGCGGAGGAGUUUUUCUUUGACAUCAUGAGGAAGUGCAUCAAGUUAAGGCGGGAGAAACCCGAACAGCAGCGCGAUGACUUCCUCAACUACAUGCUGCAGUUGCAGGAGAAGAAGGGUCUGGAUGAGUCCGAGCUCACCGCCCAUACGAUGACUUUCCUCACUGACGGAUUUGAGACCACAGCCUUGGUGCUAUCGCAUACCCUCCUAAUGCUGGGACGCCAUCCCGAGCAGCAGCAAAAGGUGCGGGAUGAGAUUGGCAACUCGGAACUAAGCUUCGAGCAGUUGACCGAACUGCCAUACCUAGAAGCCUGCAUUCAUGAGACAUUGCGUUUGUUUUCGCCACAGUUGACUGCUCGCAAACUGGUAACCGAGCCAUAUGAAUUCGUCAACAAAAAUGGCACCUCCAUGAAAUUGCAUCCCGGAGACGUGGUCAUCAUACCCAUAAAUUCCCUGCACCACGAUCCGCAGUAUUACGAAAGCCCACAUAUGUUUAAGCCAGAGCGAUUCCUUGAGGCCAAUGGCGGUGUGAAAAAGUAUCGUGAUCAGGGUGUGUACCUUCCAUUUGGCAAUGGCCCGCGCAUUUGUCCAGGCAUCCGAUUUGCUUUAACUCAACUCAAGGCAGCUCUGGUGGAGAUCGUACGCAACUUCGAGAUCAGCGUUAACCCCAAGACGCGAUCGGAUAAUCGAUUGGAUGACUCUUUUUAUUGGGCCACUCUAAAAGGCGGUAUUUGGCUAGAAUUUAUGGAGCGCUAGUAAAUUAACGGAAGUGUUGUUAUUAGUGUUGAUAAGAUAAUAUGCCAAUUAAAAGUGAAA